UCAAGGAUCCGGGGCCGUGCGAAGACUGUUUGUCCGUGUGUAUAAAGGCAGCGGAUAACUCCAUAGCACUACCUUAUCGUAAGUGAGACAAGCAGUAGAGACUUCAUUGUUGGCCCAUGCCUGUUUGGGUAAGGGUUUCAGUAAGUAACAAACACGUGCAAGCGCGCCUUAAGUGCGUUCGCUCGGCCACGCCUUUUCCUUCCGACCACCUCCCACUUCUGCUCCUCCCCUCCAACAGAAUCACAGCAGCCAUGGAACGCAAAAAGGUAGACCGCUAUCCGGAGAGAUCAGUCGGGCUGAAGUCAAUCGCCACCGGCUACCUCGAACACUACGCCGCCUCGCACACGAUCAGCGAGCUCGAAGCCAUCCUGAAGAACGUCAACGCCAAGCUCCACGGCAACCGCAAGGCAUGGCGCAAGGCCUGCAUCAACCUAUCCCACGCCGAGUACUCGUCUCGCAAGCGCCUCGAGUACGUCGAUCGCAUCUUCUCCAUGGAGGUUGCGGCGAAGAAGGCAAAGGCAAAGAACAAGGCCGUGCGCAAGGUGACCCUCUCUUUGCCCCAGACUAUCGUUCAGUUGCCUUCAAUGACACAGACCGCCGUAGCUGCCAAGGCCGCCGUUGGCGCCAGAACCUCGCGGAGCGUCAGACCUCGCGCGACCGAGGCCGCCGUCACGGUGCUUGACCUCACCGGCAGCGAUCCCGCUUCUCCCAGCGCCUCAUUCGAGCAGCAGCGACUUCCAGAUCCGUCUUCUUCAGACUCCUCGCUGUCAUCGGUCCCGAGCAGUCCGUCUUCAUCUGAGGAUGAGAGCCCCUCUGACCCUGACACUCCUCCUCCUCCACCACCUCCACCGCCGCCGCAGCCCACCGUCAACGUCACUGUCACUGUCCAGCCGCCUACUCCUCCCCCUCAAGCGCCCGUUAUCCGAUUCACUGCUCAAGCUCCCGCCCUACACCCAGCGCAGCUGCAAUCGCCCUACGUCACCUUCUCGGUUCACGCGCCCACUCUACCUCCAGCACAGCUGCAACCGCGUCCCGCCGCCUUCCCGAUCUUAGCGUCCGCCCUACACCCAGCGAAAUCACAACCGCCCACCACCACCUUCCCAACCCAAGCACCCACCUUCCCCCCCGCACAACCGCACCCCCAACCAUCCACGACCCCCUCCCAAAAAGCGGCCAACGCCUACCUCGCCCCCGAGCGCCAAUGGCUCGUCAACUACUACACGCAGCGCGGCGGCGGCCCCCACGUCGACAUGAAGCAACUCGCGCAGCAGUUCAACGCGCGCUUCGCCGGCACCACCAUCGUCGACGGCGGCAAGGUCUUCGCUGCCCGCCCCACCAGGACCUGGGUCUCCCUCAACGCCGAGUGCGCCAAUUCGCGCGCGAUUAGGGAGGCCCGCGGCUUGCCGCCGAGGGAGCAUGGCGGGUGGGGUAAGGAGAAGUCGGCCGCGGAUAAGGCGCCUGCGAAGCGGCCCCGUGAGGAGUGAUGCGCAUCGUUGGGAGCGCGUCGUGGUGGUGCGUAUUAGGAGGUCUUCGUGGUGGUGGA